AUGGCCCGUAGAAAUGCGCAUUUCAGCAAGACGGCGAGUACAUUGAACAAGAAAGCUAGUAAUAGCACAGUGAAAGCAGGUGCUGCAGCUUUGUUGGUGGGCGUGACGGUGUACAGUACCUUUUAUGGUGCGAAAAUAUGGACAAAUCGUCACGAGGAUAUACCAAAGCAUGCUAGAGAGGAAAUGCAGAGGGGACACGCCCCCACAGAGACCAGUCGCACCAAAGGCAACGAGAACUCGCCUUCAAGAAUGUAG